AUGAAGACUUUUGCCGAGGGCUCAGCGCUCUGGUUUUCUUUGGUACACAAGGAGUCCUUGAAUUUUAUCGGUUUCUGUUGCAUCAAUUUAUUGGAGGCGAAGAACCGGGAUGCACGCUUGGGUAUAACCAUUGCCUCUGAGUUCUGGGGGAAGGGAUAUGGAACGGAAGCCACGCGCUUCACUGUAAACCAUGCGUUCAGAUAUUUCGGCUUGCAGCGCAUCUCUUUGGAUGUUACAGAAGGCAAUGCCAGAGCACGAGCGGUUUAUGCCAAACUAGGUUUUAAGGUGGAAGGAAGAAAACGACGGGGAAAUUGGGUGGAUGGACAUUGGGAAGAUAUUAUCUAUAUGGGAGUUCUGGAUGAUGAAUGGACGGAGAUGUAUCCUAAGCACUGA